UCUGCCCAUCUCACAUCGCCUCACCCGCAUAUAUCCAUAAGCAGGCUUGCCUAUUCUGCUUUUUAUUUUUCAGUUUGACAACCAUCAUCUCGAAUGCCAUCUUCAACAACACAAAUCCAAUCCAGGCUGAACCGGAGCUCCGAUGCAUUCUCCAACGCUGGAACGCGCCGGCAACUCUGCCUAUCAUGAUGCGUCCACUGUUUAUACGCACAUCACCGACCCGAAUGAGCGCAGACGCAUGGCCCUGGCCGAAGUCGACAAAGCGCCUUUUGGCUGGUAUCACAUCCGUCUUGCUGUCGUAACCGGCAUAGGUUUCUUCACCGACGCCUACUCUCUGUUUGCAAUCAAUAUCGCUGUCAUCUUGCUGGGCAUUGUGUACUGGCAAGAUGAGAUCAACCAGGGCGUUAUGCCACACAACGCAGACACCGCCAUCAAGGUUGCAACAUCCGCAGGAGCUAUAUUCGGUCAAGUCAUCUUCGGAUAUCUCGCUGAUGUCCUUGGUCGCAAGAAGAUGUAUGGGGUUGAGCUCGUCAUAAUCAUCUCGACAACGCUCGCCCAAUCCCUCUGUGGAGAGUCAAGUGCUGUAUCAGUCGUCGGAGUCAUCAUCUUCUACCGAGUGGUCAUGGGGAUUGGCGUGGGAGGAGACUAUCCUCUUAGUGCCGUCAUUACUGCUGAGUUUGCUUCUACGAAGCACCGGGGUGGCAUUAUCGCUGCAGUCUUCGCCAUGCAGGGACUCGGGCAGCUCGCUGCGUCCAUCGUGGCUAUUGCUGUGGUUGCCGUCUACAAAGACUCUUUGGUGAAUGUUCCCGACGUUGCGUCUUGUAGCGGUGAAUGUGUUGCCGCUGUAGAUCGAAUGUGGCGGAUAUUGAUCGCGUUCGGCGGGAUCCCAGGAUGGUUUGCCCUCUACUAUCGUCUGACCAUCCCUGAAACCCCACGCUACACAUUCGAUGUGCUCUAUGACGUAGAAAAGGCUUCAGUCGACACCCGCCGCUACCGAUACGGCAAGUCUGGAAACGCCGUCAAUCCAGUCGAGCAGGCCAGGGUCCGUCACGACAUGGGCAAGUACAAAACGCCCCGUCCAACCGUCGGAGAGAUCCUGCGUUUCUACUCGACCAAGGGCAAUGCCAUCAAGCUCUUCGGCACAGCCUUUUCGUGGUUUUUCUUGGAUCUGGCCUUCUAUGGUCUCGGGUUCUCGUCCGCGUCUUUGCUUUCCACAAUGGGCUUCGACAAGAAGGACAACCUAUACGUAUCGCUCCGCAGCACCGCGCUAGGACAGGUCGUCCUCAUAUGCGCAGGAGCCAUCCCGGGAUACUGGAUGACGGUCUUCACAGUCGAUAGACUGGGCCGCAAACCGAUCCAAAUCGGCGGCUUCGCCAUCCUAACCAUCAUCUUCUGCGUCCUCGGCUUCGCAUGGAAAGGCCUGACAAAAGUCCACUUACUCGUUCUUUACGUCUUGGCGCAGUUCUUCUUCAACUUCGGCCCAAACGCAACAACCUUCAUCACCCCCGCCGAAGUCUUCCCCACCCGCGUCCGCUCAACCGGCCACGGCGUCUCCGCCGGCUUCGGCAAACUCGGCGCCGUCAUCGCACAAGUCUUCUUCGCGCCCAUGAUCAAGCGCGGUGCUACUCACGAUAACCCUACGCCCUGGAUCCACGGCGUCAUGCAGAUCUUCGCGCUGUUCAUGUUUCUCGGAUGUCUGACCUCCUUCCUCGUCCCGGAGAGCAAGAACAUGAGAUUGGAGGAUCUGGCGGGCGAAGCUAGCAACGUGUACGAGCUGCAGUUCCGGAGCCGGUUCUACACUGGUGGUGGCGGGAGUGCGAAUUUGGAGAGCGGGUUGGACGGUCCGAGGAGUCCGAGGAGUGCGUUUAUGGGGAUGAGGGAUCGUGCGAGAGGAGGGAGGGAAAGAGGACAUACGAGGGGAUCUAGCGAAGAGGAAAUCAUGGAGAAGAGUAGCAAGUGGUGGAAACCUGGAUGAUGAUGAUGAUGAUGAUUUGGUUUACGGAAACUCAAACCACCCCUCCCC